AUGGCCGCCACUGUAAACCUGGAGCUGGACCCGAUCUUCCUGAAAGGUCUGGGAUACCUGCAUUCGAAAAGCAAAGAUUCAGCGGAGAAACUCAAGGCUCUGCUGGACGAGUCCUUGGCAAGAGGAAGUGACAGCAGCUACAGGAUCUCACAGAAAGAUAUGGAAAUCGCAAAGGUGUCCGUCGCUAAGGUGAGCUUGAGCAAGCAGGACUUGAAGUCCUCCUCCGCUGGCUCCUCCUCAAUCGGCAGUAGCGGCAAAUCCAGCAGCUCAGAGAAGAGCAAAAAAGAGAGUGAAAAAAGAGCAUCAGAGAAGCUGAAGGUUGACCUCGUUGACACUGCCGACCCCCCAAAGAAACCCCGUCUGGAGAGGGUAGAGAACCGUGCAUCCCCUGUCACGGUGCAGACUAGCAAGGACCUGCCCGUGCCGGACCUGUCUAGCUUUGACGAGACCAGUGCGGACGACUUCGCCAUGGAGAUGGGUCUGGCUUGUGUGGUGUGCAGGCAGAUGACGGUCACCUCUGGGAACCAGCUCGUCGAGUGUCAGGAGUGCCACAACCUCUAUCACCAGGACUGCCACAAACCGCAGGUGACAGACAAGGAUGUCAACGACCCGCGGUUGGUGUGGUACUGCGCCCGCUGCACCCGGCAGAUGAAGCGCAUGGCCCAGAAGACCCAGAAGCCUCCUCAGAAACCAGCCCCGGCCAUCGUGUCCGCAGCCCCUGUGGUGAAGGACACGCUGGUGAAAAGGCCAGACGUUAAGCCCAAACAGGACACAGCCAGCACUUUCCAGGCGUUCAAGAGGACCGAGGUCAAGGCCUCUGCCGCGGUUUCCGUGGCCCCCUCCAGCGCCAGCUCCUCCCUGCCUGCCGCCAGUGGUCUGAGUGGGUGGGCCGCUUUCGGGGCCAAAGCGGGCCCUGGCGGAUCCAAGCUGGGCUCGUCGGCGCAGAGUGGCAGCGGGAAGGCGGCCUCCUCGGCCCAGAAGCCAGUGGGGCUCUCCAGCCUGGCCGGGGCCAAGUCGGGCCUUGGCGCCAAAAUGGCGGGUGGCGGCAACGGCUCCUCCGCGACCCCCCUGAAGCCCCCGCCGCCCCUGACACUGGGAAAGCCGGGCCUGACCCGCGGGUCUGCCACCGACGGCAACAAGGUGGGCUCACUGGGCUCCAGCAGUGCCGCCCCAUCCGGCGAGGCCACCGGGAGCGGGGGGGCCGGGGGCAGCGGGCCGAAGGUGACCGCGGAGUCCCAGGCGGGGGGCAAGGCGCCCACCUCCCAGGAGUCCCAGGUCAAUGCCAUGAAACGCCUUCAGAUGGUCAAAAAGAAAGCAGCACAGAGAAAGAUCAAAAGAUGAUGGUGCCCGUCGCUAUGUAAAACGGCGUCCAUGACGACGGCGGAACUCCGGUCCAUUUCAUACUUGAAUCCGUCUGAAUGCUGCUCUCCCCCCAGGCCCACCCCCGUGUCCCGGUCUGCCCAAAAGAAUCCGCUCCCUUGAAGGCAGCUUUGUACGCUCUCCUCUUCUGUUUUAGGAAAUAAAAUGUUUUUUUUUCCCCUUCUUCUCAAAAGUUAAAUAAAUUUCAUCUUUUUAACAAUUGAAUGACGUUUCUAUGUGUGUCCCCUCCCUCCCCCGCCUUCAUACUGGGAGUGUUCUAAAAUACGGCGUCUGACUCGCUGCUCCGAUCACAGCAAGGGAUUCCUCUGCGAUCCUUUGUGCUAAACACUUCAGCCGCCCUCUUUUUUUUGUUUUGUUAAGGCUCUCUGUAAGAACGCGACUGCCGUUCUUUUGGGGGGGUUCCGAGCAGGGCGGAGGACACCAUGUCUCAGUGUGACGAGGACAGCAGAGGCAAGCUGCUUUCAAUGAGAACGGAGCACCCCCCCGUCAGUGUCCGGGGUGCGUGUAACACUGCACACGACUGUUUGUAAACAUAGUCGCACGAAUUCGGGCGAAGAAACGCACAGAGAAACCUGGCAGGGGCCGGAGGUGUACUGUACCUUAUUUUUACCUUGUUUAUUAAGACCGUCAGGUAAGUGACUUCCAUCUAAAAUGCUGACUUCAGAAGGAA